CCGAAUGCGUCAGUUGAAGCUUAACUUUGCCAGAGUAAAGAUGUCGAUGAUUUCUACGAUCGCCCGUUUGGGACUUUUAUUGUGUAUCCUGGGCUGUGUGACUGCACGCCAGGAUUCGGGAAGUAGAAAUUGUCAGCCAAAUGAGGGAUAUUGUCAAAUGCACUCAGAUUGCUGUUCGGGAAAGUGCAUGACCUACCUUUACAAGUGCGCUCGUAGAGUGGACAUGCCCUACCCAGUUCCCUAUCCUCCAAACCAAAUCUAUGAUGUGGUGAAAGGUCCAGUUAAACCAGUUAAAGGUAUCAACGAGCACGUGCAAAUUGUUGGUCUUCCCAGUGAGUCAGAUCCAUCGGCUGAUGUUUACGAUUUUAAGCCAAGGGCUGGUUUCGGCCCAAUUGAAGGAUCAGCAGCAGAAUGCGGGAAUGUCGGGGAUCCGUGCUCCCGGGCUGAGGAGUGCUGCAAUUUGCGAUGCCACACGUACAUGCACAGGUGUGUCACCUAAUUAAACUGAGAGCAAUGAGUAACUAAGACAAUCAGCUAACUACCAAAUUAAACCAAAUUUAAUAAGGAGCAGCCCUUCCUUUUGUUUUUGUUCGAAAUAAAACGUUUAACAAACUGUACUAUUUUACCCAAAACCAAUCUCUAAUAAAUGAAAAAUUAUUAUUGAAGAAA